AUGGCUGCAGAGAUCCAGAAGGCUGGCGGCAAAGAUGCCCCAACCAAUCCGCGAGGCAUACCAUAUGCCCCAUUCGUGCAUCGCGUCGAGGACUAUGUGUCGACCAGAGCAGAUGUUGAGCCUACCUUGAAGAGCUUCCAAGAGAUGAUCAGCAAAUACCAAUUCAUGGAAGCCAACAACCAACGACGAAUCGCCGGCCUCAAAGACAAGCUACCUGAUAUUCAAAAGACCCUCGAAACAGUGCGCUUUCUGCAGACUCGUAAGGAAGAUUCAGAUCCUCUGGAGGCCACCUUCGAAUUGAACGACACCCUCUAUGCCAAAGCCAACAUCCACGAGACCGACCAAGUCUAUCUAUGGCUAGGAGCAAAUGUAAUGCUCGCAUACCCACUCUCCGAAGCCGAAGAGCUUUUGGCAAGCAAGCUGCAAGCGGCGCAGAAUAGUCUAGCAAAUUGCGAGGAAGACGUUGAUUUUCUGAGAGAGCAGAUCACGACCAUGGAGGUCGCUACGGCGAGAGUCUACAACUGGGAUGUUGGCAUGCGGAGGAAGGAGAAGUCGGAAGGUAAAGGGGAGAAAGCAGAAGAUGAUGGCACGCAAGCUGCAAAUGGAUGA